AAUUCUUUGAAAUCAAUCAAAAAUACCAACCUACAAAAUGUUCUCUUCAAAAUCCGUUGCCGUUAUCUUCACCGUAGUUGCCAUUUGCUUUGCCGUAAUUGAAAUUAGCCAGGCCAUGCCUUCAAUUGGCCACUAUGGCAAGAGGUUUGAUCCCAUGGGUGGCAUUGAUUACAUUCAAAUCUGUUUGAAUAACUGUGCUCAAUGUAAGAAAAUGUUCGGUGACUAUUUCCAAGGUCAAACCUGUGCCGAGUCAUGCCUUAAAUUCAAGGGCAAAGCUAUUCCAGACUGUGAAGAUUUCCCCUCAAUUGCUCCAUUCUUGAAUGCUUUGGAUUAGAUUGGAAGAGACCCCCUACCCAUUAUGAAGAGGUUGAUAUGUUG